UGACCCUGGACUUUGUCCUCCUCGGCAGGAGCCAGCCCUGUGCACCCUGUGUGCCUGUCCAUCUGGAAGGCCCAGCAUGAGAGGCCCGGCCGUCCUCCUCACUGUGGCUCUGGCCACGCUCCUGGCUCCCGGGGCCGGGGCACCGGUACAAAGUCAGGGCUCCCAGAACAAGCUGCUCCUGGUGUCCUUCGACGGCUUCCGCUGGAACUACGACCAGGACGUGGACACCCCCAACCUGGACGCCAUGGCCCGAGACGGGGUGAAGGCACGCUACAUGACCCCCGCCUUUGUCACCAUGACCAGCCCCUGCCACUUCACCCUGGUCACCGGCAAAUAUAUCGAGAACCACGGGGUGGUUCACAACAUGUACUACAACACCACCAGCAAGGUGAAGCUGCCCUACCACGCCACGCUGGGCAUCCAGAAGUGGUGGGACAACGGCAGCGUGCCCAUCUGGAUCACAGCCCAGAGGCAGGGCCUGAGGGCUGGCUCCUUCUUCUACCCGGGCGGGAACGUCACCUACCAAGGGGUGGCUGUGACGCGGAGCCGGAAAGAAGGCAUCGCACACAACUACAAAAAUGAGACGGAGUGGAGAGCGAACAUCGACACGGUGAUGGCAUGGUUCACAGAGGAGGACCUGGAUCUGGUCACACUCUACUUCGGGGAGCCGGACUCCACGGGCCACAAGUACGGCCCCGAGUCCCUGGAGAGGAGGGAGAUGGUGCGGCAGGUGGACCGGACCGUGGGCUACCUCCGGGAGAGCAUCGCGCGCAACCACCUCACAGACCGCCUCAACCUGAUCAUCACAUCCGACCACGGCAUGACGACCGUGGACAAACGGGCUGGCGACCUGGUCGAAUUCCACAAGUUCCCCAACUUCACCUUCCGGGACAUCGAGUUUGAGCUCCUGGACUACGGACCAAACGGGAUGCUGCUCCCUAAAGAAGGGAGGCUGGAGAAGGUGUACGAUGCGCUCAAGGACGCCCACCCCAAGCUCCAUGUCUACAAGAAGGAGGCAUUCCCCGAGGCCUUCCACUACGCCAACAACCCCAGGGUCACACCCCUGCUGAUGUACAGCGACCUUGGCUACGUCAUCCAUGGGAGAAUUAACGUCCAGUUCAACAAUGGGGAGCACGGCUUUGACAACAAGGACAUGGACAUGAAGACCAUCUUCCGCGCUGUGGGCCCUAGCUUCAGGGCGGGCCUGGAGGUGGAGCCCUUUGAGAGCGUCCACGUGUACGAGCUCAUGUGCCGGCUGCUGGGCAUCGUGCCCGAGGCCAACGAUGGGCACCCAGCUACCCUGCUGCCCAUGCUGCACACAGAGUCUGCUCUUCCGCCUGAUGGAAGACCUACUGUCCUGCCCAAGGGAAGAUCUGCUCUCCCGCCCAGCAGCAGGCCCCUCCUCAUGAUGGGACUGCUGGGGACCGUGAUUCUUCUGUCUGAGGUCACAUAACGCCCCAUGGCUCAAGGAAGCCGCCGGGAGCUGCCCGCAGGCCCUGGGCCGGCUGUCUCGCUGUGAUGCUCUGCUGGUCGCGGACGGACCCUGCCUCCCCAGCUUAUCCCAGGCCAGAGGCUGCAUGCCACUGUCCCCGGCAGCGCCAACCCCUGCUUGGCUGUUAUGGUGCUGGUAAUAAGCCUCGCAGCCCAGGUCCAGGGCCCCCGGCGAGCCGGUCCCAUAACCGGCCCCCUGCCCCUGCCCCUGCUCCUGCUCCUCCCCUUCGGGCCCCCUCCUCCUGCAAAACCCGCUCCCGAAGCGGCGCUGCCGUCUGCAGCCACGCGGGGGCGCGCGGGAGCUCUGCGGGCGCUGGAACCUGCAGACCCGGCCUCGGUCAGCUGGGAGGGGCCCGCCCCGGCACAAAGCACCCAUGGGAAUAAAGGCCAAGCCGCGACAGUCAGCACGGGGGAGACUUUUCCCUAAAGCCUGCCGGUUUCCCGACGGUCCCACCAUUGACCCCAGCGUGGGAUAAAUUUCUAACUCCUUGCCAGGCUUCACAAGCCCCAGGGACCCCUCCAUUCUCGUUAGGGGUGGGCCCUGGUUGGACGGCUGGCCAGUCCUGGAAAAGGGGUGAGUUUCCUAAAAGGAAGGGGGGGAGGCAUGAGGAGGCUUUUUGUGAACGAUAGGGAAGCAGCAUCUGUAAGCCACAGUGCUCAGCAAGAAAUCACGUUAAACCAGGCGGAAACACCGCAAAGAAAGUCGCGUGGAUUGGCUCUGACACAGGACUGGGGUGGCCGUGGCCAGGAGCCGAGGGACCCUUCCACACCUAUUCUCCUGUGCAUUAAGAGCAUAGGCUUUGGAGUCAGAUAAACUCAUGUUCCAGCCCUGGCCCCCCACCCAGAUGCUGUGGCGUUGGCAAAGCUGUUGACCCUCCCCAGCCUCAGUUUCCUCAUCUGAAAAAGUGGGAUAAUGAGGACCAUGCCCGCCUCCCUGGGGUACCUGAGAGUAAGGUGGACACAUUGCGGGGAGGCUGGCACAGAGGCUGGCCGCAAGCAGGUGCUCAAGGAUGGCAGCCCCUGGGAGGAUUAAAAUCCUGCCCUGGGAGGUGCUGGGUUUGUCAGUGCCACCCUGCAGAGUAAAC